UUAAAGGUAUUUACUGUGGUAUUUACAGUACCUACAGUUCUUAUAAAAUGUAUGGUUUCAAAAGGAAAAUAUGCCAUUCCGCAAAUAAACAAUAACAACUUUGAAUUUAUAUUAUAGCUCCUUUAAUAUCAUAGCCUGAAGUACUUUUCGAUACUAUUCAAUAAUGGCACUAUACAGAAAUUUGUACAAGGCGGGUUCUGUAGCGAUACACUUUCACCCCGCGGGGUCGGUGAAGUGCGCGCGGCCGCCGAUCAAUGCCAUUCCAUUCGUCGGUUUAGCCAGUGCGUCGACGGUAUCGUCCAGUAAGAGGAAAAUGGCUGACAAACUAACUCAAGCAGAGCGAGACACACAGCUUCAGGCCCUCCUCCAGGCUGGCUGGAAGCUGCAAAGUAACAGAGAUGCCAUAGAAAAGGAGUACCAAUUCAAGAACUUCAAUGAAGCCUUUGGGUUUAUGACAAGAGUGGCUUUGCUGGCUGAGAAAAUGGAUCACCACCCUGAGUGGUUCAAUGUUUACAAUAAGUUGCAAGUAUGUAACUUUGUCUUCCCACGAUGUGAACGGAUUGAGCAAACGGGAUCUCAAGAUGGCCAGUUUUAUGGAUAAGAACUUCAGUUAAGGUACUUA